AUGAACGUCGAGGACAUCCUCCCCAACAAAGAUGUAUGCGUCGAAGAAAUCGAGAAGCUCACGAACAGCGAAAUAAGGACAAGGAUCAGCCUCAUCGACACAGAAAUUAAAAUAUUAAAAAAUGAGCACACGAGGCUGAAGAAUGAAUAUAAGAGUCUGCAGGAAAAGAUUAAGGACAACGUGGAGAAGAUACAUCUAAAUAAGAUGCUGCCUUACUUAGUUGCCAAUGUCGUAGAAUCACUCGAUCUGGAAGACGACGAGGAUGCAAAUGAACCGAAGGAUGAGUAUGACCUAUAUGUGAACAAUUCAAAGGGAAACAACGAUGAAGGCUUUCGCGACAUCGAUGAUGAAAAGAGAGGAAAGUGUAUGGUCAUAAAGACCUCUACCAGACAAACUAUAUUCUUGCCUGUUCCCGGUCUGAUAGAAGCGUCCGAAUUGAAGCCAGGAGACCUCGUCGGAGUGAACAAAGACAGCUACCUCAUUAUUGAUAAAUUACCCCCCGAGUAUGAUAACAGAGUAAAAGCCAUGGAGGUUAUAGAGAAGCCAUCGGAAGAUUAUUCAGACAUUGGAGGGUUGGAUAAACAGAUUGAAGAACUGGUCGAGGCAAUUGUAUUGCCUAUGUUACAUAAGGAUAAAUUUGAAAAAAUCGGGAUCAAACCUCCCAAGGGAGUGUUAAUGCAUGGUCCUCCUGGUACAGGGAAAACCUUACUAGCUAGAGCUUGUGCUUCCCAGACCAAUGCCACUUUUUUAAAGUUAGCUGGGCCGCAGCUUGUGCAGAUGUUUAUUGGUGAUGGGGCGAAGAUGGUGAGAGAUGCAUUUAACUUAGCCAAGGAAAAAGCACCGGCCAUUAUCUUCAUCGACGAGUUGGAUGCAAUAGGAACCAAACGAUUCGACAGCGAACUGUCUGGUGAUAGGGAGGUGCAGAGAACCAUGCUUGAGUUACUAAAUCAGUUGGACGGGUUCAGCACAGACGACACGGUUAAAGUCAUUGCUGCGACGAAUAGACCAGACACACUAGAUCCGGCUCUCCUCCGAUCAGGCCGACUCGAUAGAAAAAUAGAACUACCUCACCCCAAUGAAGAAUCCAGAGCACGAAUUCUGCAGAUCCAUUCUCGAAAAAUGAAUGUCCAUAAGGAUGUCAACUUUGAGGAAUUAGCUCGAUCUACGGACGACUUUAAUGGGGCCCAGUUGAAGGCUGUUUGUGUGGAGGCUGGAAUGAUUGCCCUUAGACGGGGCGCCACCGAGAUCGAUCACGAAGACUUCGUCGAGGGCAUUACCUCCGUCCUCUCUAAGAAGAAGAGCACACUGAAUUAUUUCACCUAA